ACAGUCUUGAAGGAAUCUCGUCUGGUAUUGGACGUCAUUACUAUAUUACAUUCAAGAUUUCGGUUGUAUAGCUUCGAAAUCAAAGUCUAGCUAGGUGCUUUCUAUAUUUUUGCCUAGCUUGGUGGAUAAAUACAUUUAUAUGAAAAUCUAGCCCGUUACUUGCUAGCUGCCUAAAUGAGAGAACUAGCAUAUUGCUCGAGACUGAUUACUACAUUGAAAAAGUGUACUUUUCUCAAAUCCGUUUGAGAAAUGUAUGGAUGCGAUGGACCAGGAUAACAGGCCUGCAAAUUAAAAAAGAUUCCUGGGGCACAAGGAGACAUGUCUGAAGCCGAGACUCUAACCCAAAGUCCCUGGGCAUUGUCAGAGAUGCUGGGGAAAAGGAGACUGUGGGGCUUUGGGGCCCUUCUGGCCUGGAUGCUUUUGUUCCACUUGCUGGUGAAUAUUUGGCUGCUAUGCAUGUUCACAAGCCUCCUGGUGGUGCUGGGUGGCUGGUUGGGGUACCAGGCGGUCCUGGAUGCCAACAGCGUUCUGCACCUGGAGCACUUCAUCUCCCUGAAGAGGGUCCCCCACUCGCCUGAGAGCGAGUUGCAGCUGGACCGUGAGAUCCAGAGCACCAUCCGCAAGAUAAUCCGUGACUUUGUGUCAUCAUGGUACCGGUCUGUGUCCUCAGAGGAGGAGUUUGAGGUGGAGGUGCAGAGGGCCAUGCUGGCUGUGGCUCAGGGGCUGAAGGCCAGGGCAUGGAGGGUUGACAGGAAAGCCCUGACCCAGAGGGUCUUGGACUUGUGUGGGUGCCACCUGCAGAGCUACAUUAGGGUUAAAGAGGUCCUGGCCGAGCAGGGGAAGCAGCUGGUGGGAGAUGGAGAUGAAGAUUACCAUUGCUUGGACAGCAGCCUGUGGAAGAUGUAUUGUCAAGUGUGCAGGGCUCACCCAGCUAUGGAGAGCUCCGCUGCUGAGCUAAACUAUGCCAGGGCCAUUGUUGACCUGCUUUUGCAUGUGUUGGUUCCGCUCCCUCACCUGGAGACCAGAACGGGUCAGUUUGUAGUUGGAGAACUGAUUACCUGCAAUGUCCUCCUUCCCCUUAUUGCCAAAAUGUCCGAUCCAGACUGGCUGAAUUUGCUCAUCAUCGACAUCUUUGCAAAGUCCAGCAAGCAAGCUGCGGAAGAUGCGGAGGACCCGGAGACUACACCCUCACCUAUUCUAAUCGUACAGCCGCAGCAAGGGAAAUUACACACUCCCUGCUCAUUGACCCUGACAUUUCAGCCAGAAACAGCCCUUGUGACUGAAACCCUGCCUCCUGAGCUGGCUGCCUAUGAUGUCAUCGACCCUGCUGAGCUGUACUACCAGCAGGAUAUAGAAGAGGAGGCCAGGCCAGAAGGUCUGGCCAACCACAGCAAACCUGGGGGAGGCUGCACCCUGGACUACUUGAGACCUGACAUGUUUAACCCUUUCUACCAAGAGUCAGACUCCGACCAGGAGUCUCCCAUGUCUGAUUUCAAGAAAAGCUCCAUAGAGUCCCUGGUCCUGAUUGGCCCAGAGGAAGGGCUGACAGACAGGUUGUGUGGAUACGCUGCUGGUGUCGCAGACCAGGAGGAGGAGCUGCAGACCUGUCCAGGGCUAGGGGAGGGUUGCCCAAAGGUGUUUGUCACAGAAGACCUGGACCAGCCUGAAAACCAAGCGAGCAUGGUAGGAGCAAAAGGACAAAGGAAAAGUAGUUGGGGAAACAUCUACCAAGAUGCAGUCCAAGAGAAGGAGUCAGGCAGCAUUAAGCAAGCAGACCGAGGCGACCUGAAUGAGCUCUCCAUCGAGGGUCCCCUGCAGACUUCUGCCGCUGUUGCUGGGGGGGUCCCUCUGGCCACCUUUAGCUUUGAGCCCCUUGCCAGUCCAGAAGGCCCAGUGGUCAUUCAGAACCUGCGGAUCACUGGCACCAUCACAGCCAAGGAACACAAAGGUUCCGGCUCCCACCUUUACACCCUCUACACAGUAAAGUAUGAAACUACAGUAGAAACAGAGACCCCAGGCACAUUUCAUCCUGUUGCCUACCACACCGUGAACCGGCGCUACAGUGAGUUCCUAAACCUGCAGACCCGCCUGGAGGAGAAGCCUGAUCUGCGGAAGGUGAUAAAAAAUGUAAAAGGGCCAAAGAAACCUUUUCCGGAUCUUUCCUUUGGAAACAUAGACAUUGACAAAGUCGGAGCCCGGAAGGGCCAACUGGAGACAUUUCUUAAGCAACUCUGCACUAUUCCUGAAACUGCCAACAGUGAAGAGGUGCAGGAGUUUCUGGCUCUUAAUACUGAUGCAAGAAUAGCUUUUGUGAAGAAACCUUUUGUUGUGUCGAGGAUAGAUAAGAUUGUGGUGAACGCCAUCGUGGACACGCUGAAAACAGCAUUCCCUCGCUCAGAGCCCCAGAGCCCUACAGACGAGCCGGAGGGAGAGGGCGACGGGAAAGCGCAGUCUGAUGGGAAGAAGACCAAGUCUCGGCUCCGGUUCUCUAGUAAAAUCUCUCCUGCUCUCAACGUGGAUGAGCUGCAGCCCAAGGUGCAGUACUGCUUCAGUGAGGGGAGCACAGUGUUCAGUGGCCUCUCCCUAACCGCAUUGGAGGGUUUCCUGAAGGAGCAGGAGAAGGCUCUGAGCCGGUCACGAGGCCUCCAGGCUCAGGAGGAAACAAAGAGCAUUGAGGAGAAUGGGGAUUCGCCUGGCUCUGCAUGUCUGGACAAGAAAGUGCAGGGAGCUGCAGAGACAGCGCUGGCGGACGUGGCCUUGAACAUCCUCUGCUUGCUCAUGAAGGACCAGUGGAGCUGGUUGUGUACGGAGAACGUCCAGAAGACUAUCAGGCUGCUGUUUGGAACCUUCAUUGACAGGUGGCUUGAUGUAGGUAUGGCUAACCUGACCAGUACCCCUUGCUGGGUCAUCUACCUGCGGGUUCUUCAGGAAGCCAUCUGGCCUGAGGGCACCCUCCCAGUCCAGCCCCGCCCAGCCCGCAGCAGCCAGCAGAAGGAGGAGACCAGGCAGCAGUCCCUGCAGUGUCUAAUGAAACUGCUCCCAGAUCUGAUCCCAGACCUGCUGGGUUCUGAGAAGUACAGGCUGAGCUGGCAGGCUGUCCUGGAGUCACUGCAGGACCCCCAGAUCAACAGGCACCUGGUGUACAGCGUGUGUGACCUGCUGCUGGAGGUCCUGAUCCCUGAGUCUUCUGAUGAGGUCUUUCAGAGAUCUCUGCUGGGCAGCCUGUGUGGGGCCACGAGAAGGCCAUCGCUGUGAAAGUGCAGACACGGGCACGGACAGUCACACCCGCGCAUGCACACUGAUGCAUGGACACACACACCCACCGGCGCGCGCACACACCCACAUGCGCACACAUGCACACAGACGCACGGACACACACACCCACACGCGCACAGACGCACGGACACACACGCCCAUGUGCGCGCACACACAGAUGGACGGACACACACCAGUGAACACAGGAAUUAUGCAAUGAACAUGUGAAUGAAAACAAACGCGCUGUGCACACACACCCACGUGCGCAGACACUCUCUCUCACACACACACACACAGAUGCACGGACACACACCAGUGGAUGCAGGAAUGUACGCAAUGAACAUUCCUGCGCAAUGAAAACAAACACAGUGUGAACACCCAAACGAACAUGCACGUACAGUCUAACACACACACCCAUGUGCGCACUCACACCCUCUCACACACACAGACGCACGCACACACACUAGUGGACACAGGAAAUACGCAAUGAACAUGUGAAUGAAAAUAAACACACCGUGCGCACACACACAACCAGGCAUACAGACACACACCCGUGGAUAAAGGAAAGGAACCCAAGCAACAUGUAAAUGAAAACAAAUGCAGUGUGUACACACACCUACGCGCGCACGCAUACUCUCACGCACACAGACACACGGACACACUCCAGCGGAUACAGGAAUGUACGCAAUGAACAUGUGAAUGAAUACAAAUUCACUGUGCACAUACACGCGUGCAGGCGCGCGCGCACAUGCACACACACACACACACGAAAAGCAGGACAGGCGCUGUGGUAAGAAAGCCCCCGGCCCUUAUGCCAGUCCACAGCGUUCAUUACCAGGCCUCCUGUUUCACAGCUCGCCAGGAUGAGUCUCCAAUCGGCCCUCACCGGAUCUGAAUCCAUGGACCUCUCUACACUUAACAUGCCCUCAUUAUUCCCAUAUCCGACUAACUGGGUUCACAUUACCAGCUACAGUAAUCAUCCACUCUCACCACUCUACUCCACCUGGGGCCUCUUUUUCUGGAAUUAAGGCUUUGUGGAGAUGCCCACAGAACUCGGAGGGGUGUUUUCUAGGUGUUUCCGCUCGAUGUUUACCACAUUGUGUCCUGCUUAUUUCUAUUGUGCUUGUUGUUAAGGAACAUCUGGGGUGUUGUGCGUAGGAAUCUGGCGCCAAGGGCUUGACGUAUUUGCCGUUCGCGCUUUGAAGUGCUCUGGUGUUGCAGUUACAUGCGUAUAAUGCGAGCGUCUGGUAAAUCAUCUGUGUGUGUGUGUGUGCCAAGCCACCUGAGAAACAAGAAGACUUUAUCUGUUUAUUGCACUCAUUUUGUGAUACACUCAGAGUUCCAAUUUCAUUUCAAGUGCUAUGAGGAUGAAGUGGAAGAUCAUUCCAGAAGGAAAUGCAAUACCUCAUAGCUCUUUAAUGAGAGAGAAUAUGCAUACGUUCUUAAUACACUGUAUUAAAAAGGGCUUUGUAGCCAGCUUUAGCAUUCCCUAAGUGUUUUAAAAAAAUUAGGAGAAACGCAUUCCAGAAAUGAAUACAUUAUUUUUUUAUAUUAUUUGUGUGUAUACCAGUUAUAGUAUAUAUGCACCUCUAUUAACUUUAUGUCUUGUAUACCUUACAGUUUUGCCUUUAGCAAAUUCACAGGAAUAUCUUAUUCCCCUUUUAAUGCAUGAACAAUGAAUUGGACAGUUGAUAUAUGACUUCCCACGAUAAGAGUUUCUAGAUGAACCUUCAGACGAUGCACAGGUUGCAAAGAAGGUCCUAGUAAGUAGUGUUUAAAAAGAGAUACUGCUGAAAUGUAUUCUCAGCUUUUAGUCAGUAAGACACAAACUCCAUUAACCCAAGAACAGGUGUGUUUGCAAAUGAGAAAAUAAUAAGCACUGUUAAUGUGUUCAUGUUUUAACCUCAGAUUAUGCAGUAUAUUUUCCCAAAUUAUUUACUGUCAGUGUGUUAGUUGAUCUGACAGAGGAAAGAGAAGAGACUCAAUGUACAGUAGACAUAUGAUGUAGUUAUAUUUGACAUUUUCCAGGCAGUUACUUUUUGAUUGAUAUUUAUUUAUUCAUUUAUUAUGUAUUUAUUUAUUAAUUCAUUCAUUCAUUUGGUUAAAUGUAAGUGGCAAUUGUCUUUGUAUCAAAUAUAUCGGUGCACAUUGAGAACAGAAGUGACAUAGCUGUAGCCAUUGCUGUAAAAUUGCACAUGGCCUGUCUGAUUGACCUAUACAGUCUGAUCGACCUUCCUGAUUUGAUUCAGUAGUACAAAAAAGAUUAUUAGAUAUUAGAGGAACACAGGAGAUUACAAAGUAGUUUCAUAAAGUCUCAAAACCCUUUAUAAAGAUUGUUUUGUUCAAUAGCAGGACAAGAGAAUUACAGUCUUUGUGUCUGUAUGUUCACUUGGACAAUAGCACAAGUAUAAAAUAGCCAACAUGUAUGACCUAAGCAUCAUGGGAAACAGUGUUUAUGGCACUAUAUUAUGAUACAGAUACAGUAUGGUACAGAAGUCAUAGAAAGAGCUUUGCUUUUCCAAUGAGAAGUCCUUUGAUGCUAGUCCUCUAGUCAAUAUUUAAUGCAGUGUUAUGGCACAUGUGCUACAGUAUGGUUAUAGUGAGAGUGCAGUACAUUCUUGUUGUUGCACAGUGAAGAUUUGGCUAUUUGAAAUGCUGUCAGUUGUUUAUGUUGUUGGAGUGACCAACAUACAGAGUAUUUCUUGUCUGUACGAGUGCUAAUGAAAUCAUUUUCAGAACAAUAAAAAAGAAAGACAUCAAA